AUGCAACGACAAGCGGCAGCGCUUGAACAGCAGCAGCUGGUGAUGCAGCAAAUGGAGGCUGUCAGGGCGGCUGCUGAAGAUGCUCACAGGCAGCAUAUGGAGGCCUUCCGCCAGUUGGAGGAGAACAGGCUUAGAGGCAAGACCAGUCUAGACGCAGCAGACCAGUGGCUGAAAGACCUGGAGAGGAUAUUUGAUGCCAAGAUGUGCCCAAAGGAGAGUAGACUGGCGUUCGUAGUGUACAUGCUCAAGGGUGAGGCUGAGCACUGGUGGGUCAGCAUGAAGUCUAUUAUGGAGGAGAGACAGGAGCCAGUUACUUGGGACGUCUUCAGGAGGAAGUUCCUCUCCGAGUACUUCCCUGACAACGUCAAAUACGCUAAAGAGGUAGAAUUUUUACAGUUGGCCCAGGGAAGCAAGUCGGUGACUGAGUAUGCAGAAAAGUUCAAGUACCUCAGCUGUUUCUACACCAUGCCACUAGACGAAGAGUGGCGAUGCCAGAAGUUCGAGAACGGCCUCCGUGGAGACCUUCGUUUGAUGGUGACACCGCUAUCCAUCAAGGAUUUUGCCGCCUUGGUGGAGAAGGCAAGGAACAGGAUUCAGUGCUACCAGUGUGGGGGACCGCACAAGAGGAAUGUCUGCCCCCAGCUUGCAGGCUUCAAGAAGUGCAACAAUUGUGGCAAGGAGGGCCACUUUGGGAGGGACUGCCCCACCCUUGCUAGAACAGUGAUGCGACCUCCAGUACAGGCUCCUACACAGAACCAGCAAAGGCACAGAGGCAACAGGCCUCAGGCGACCGACAGAGUGUACGCCAUGACCGGAGCGGAGGCUGCAGGCUCAGGUAACCUUGUUAUAGGCCAUUGUUUGAUAGUUGGGAAAGCUUGUUGUGUGCUAUAUGAUUCUGGAGUGACACACUAUUUUGUGUCAAAUGCAUGUGUGGAACGGUUGGGUCUGCCGGUGUGCGAGCUACAGUGUGAGCUUGCGGUGUCUACCCCGGCGUCGGGUUUGGUCAAGACGUCAUCCUUGUGUGCGAGGUGUCCAGUGGAGGUAGAGGGACGCAGGUACAAAGUGAACCUAAUCUGCCUACCUCUACCGGAGUUGGAGGUAAUCCUAGGGAUGGAUUGGCUCUCUGCCAAUCGCAUUCUUAUAGAUUGCCGAGAGAAGAGAUUGUUAUUCCCAAACUCGAAGGAGUCUGAGUUGUUAUCAUCCCAAGGGGUUCUGAAGGAACUGCGAGGUGGUGCACAAUGCUUUGUGAUCUUCACGCAUCUAGAGGUGGAAAGAGGAAAGAUGGAGUCUGCCAAACCAGUAGUGCAGGAGUUCGGGGAUGUAUUCCCAGAGGAAGUGUCAGGGCUACCUCCUCACAGAGAGGUGGAGUUCUCUAUUGAUCUAGUAUCGGGGACGGGUCCGGUGUCGAUGACUCCAUACCGCAUGGCUCCAACAGAGUUGGUUGAACUUAAGAAACAGAUAGAGGAACUGAUGGUGAAGCAAUUUAUCCAACCCAGCACUUCGCCUUAG